AUGCCACCUCAUCCUCAGAAUACUCAAACCUCCCCACCGCCACAGAAUCGAAACCAAAAUCAAACUUCCUUCAAUCCCCAAACACCUCAUCACCAUUUAAAUCAGAACACCAAUCCUCAGGCUUACCCACAGAACUACCAGACCGCCCAAAACGUUCCAAGUCCCUCUAUAGCUCCACCCCUCCCAAAAAGAGCCACCUUCCAAGUUCCCGUUCCUGCCGAGCACGAUGUGCACGAUUCUGAGUUGGAUCACUAUGCAGAACAGGAAAGAGAAUGGAAGGCCAAGGAGGAUGCGAAGAUCGAUAUAAAAGAGGAAAUCAAAAGGGCUAUGAAAGAGCUACAGUGCAUCCCAGACGUCGUUGGACUCAGUUACGAAGAGUUGUGCAUCCACCCAGAUUUGAACCUUCCCGAAGGGUUCGAAAUUCCGAAGUUCGACACCUUCGGAGGAGUAGGCAACCCCAUGGCUCAUCUGAGAGCAUAUUAUGACCAACUCGUGGGAGUUGGCAGGGAUGAGGCCUUGUUGAUGCGGCUUUUCAGCCGAAGUCUAUGUGGGGAGGCCCUCGAGUGGUUUACUUCACACGAAACCAGGCAGUGGCCCAGUUGGAAUGCGCUGGCCAAAGACUUCAUUGACCGAUUUGCAUACAAUGUCGAAAUAGUUCCCGAUCGGUAUUCUCUAGAGAAGAUGAAGCAGAAACCAACUAAAAGCUAUAGGGAGUUAUCCUAUAGAUGGAGGAAGGAGGCAGCAAGGGUAAGGCUGCCCAUGACCGAGAAAGAGAUUGUGGAAGUGUUUGUGUGGGUGCAGGAGCCAGAAUACUACGACAGAAUCAUGUUGCUAGUCGGAGCUAAAUUCGCCGAGAUAGUCAAAGUUGGUGAGACUAUCGAAGAUGGUUUGAUAUUGGGGAAGAUAGCCCGUGUAUCCGCGUCACCUGGAUCUUCAGGAUUGAUGAGGAAGAAGAGAGAAGAAGUUGUCGCUUCAAGCUACCGAGCACCUUCGCCCACUUAUCAAGUCCAAGCUCCAUUAUAUAAAAACCCCCUCCCGAAUUACCAAGCUCCAUCACCAAAUUAUCAAACAAACUCAUAUCCUAGAAGCCAAGCUCCUCGUCUGAAUACCCGAAAUUAUCAGCAGGUGCCUCCCCCUCAGCAAAGCGGUUACGACCAUUCCCGACCCAGAUUUGAAAAAAGGCCUUCAAGGAACUUUACUGCACUUGCUGAAAGCCGGACCAAACUAUUUGAGAGACUAGCCACGGCUGGAUACAUCCACCCUGUGGGGCCCAAGCCCGUGGAUGUCAAUUCAAAGUUCUACAAGCCAGAUCAAAGAUGUGCUUAUCAUUCCAACAGUGUUGGACAGGAAACGGAAGAUUGUAUCAACCUUAAGCACAAAAUCCAGGAUCUGAUCGAUCAGGAGGUAGUUUCUCUCCAAUCGGCGGUGCCAAAUGUCAAUACAAACCCUUUGCCGAAUCAUGGAGGUGGUAACGUUAAUAUAAUUGAAACGGAUGAAGACGGGUGUGGAACAAAGAUGAUUACUCCCAUUGUGCAUGAGGACUUGGAAAGGGCUGUCGCUUCUUUAAGCGUCAAAGAAAAGAGAGAGUUUGUUAUUCUUACACCUAUAAAGGCUGUUGCGUUGGUGCCUUCAGAAACUCUCGUCAAGCCCAAAUUUGUCAUCGAAACUGCUGUGACCCAAGGCAUGACCAGGUCCAGAAGGAGCUACACUCCUGAUGAUCUUGCUCUCGGAGGACAGAAGAAGGACCAUGCUAAGAGGCCGAUAAGCGAAGGAGAAGCAGAAGAGUUCUGGAGAAGGAUGCAACCGAACGACUAUUCCAUCGUCAAACAUUUAGAGAAGACUCCGGCUCAAAUCUUUGUGUGGGCCCUACUGAUGAGCUCUCAGUCCCACAGGCAGGCCUAA